AGGAAAUGUACCUUAAGUCUAUUACGUAGUUUUUUUUAUCAAAUUUUAAUAUAAAAUAAUUAAUUUUUAAAUUAACUCGCGCCAUCUAACGUCUAAUAGCGGAAAUUACCCCACAAGAACCACGUAACAGUACCAACAGCUGCUUUUCACGCACACAUACACAUUUUCUUCGUCUCUAUCGCAAUCAGUCUCGGUGAAAAUCGGAAAUUUAAAGGGAGUACAGACGUAGAACUCGAAAUGUCGUAGUCCGAAAGGUUUUUUUUAUGUAGUGCGGAGGAGGAGAAAAAAUUAAUCGAUCAAAAAGUGAAAUCAUAACCGUAAAAUGAAUAAAUCGUACUGUUUGCGUGGUGUUUUUUAAUUCCUUUUAUUUCGGGCGGUUCUUUUGGUCGAGUGAACAACAAGGAAGGAAAUUGCGAAAAGGAAAAAUCGCGAACAACAAAAAAAACUUAUUUCCUCGAUUUUUGACAACAACCGAACGAAUCGAACGGAAAGUGAGGUUAUGUUGGUUUACGAAGGAGGAAAAUCAAUAACUGGAGUGAGAUUACGAGUAUUACGACGAGUCGUAGUGGUAAAGGUGGACGAACUUUGCGAUUUACACAUAAAUAAUAAAAUUUCUAAUCAAAGAGGCGAAAAAGAACGAUGUUUGUGGUGUUUAAAGAUUAGAUAAAGGUUUUUAUUUCUGGGUUGUUCGAGAUUCAAAAAAAUGUUUAACUUUAUGAAGAAAGGAAUCGAUAAGGACGAUAAAGAACGCAGGAAACGGGACAAAAAAGAUCGAAAAGACAAACAGAAACGCGAAAGAGCCACCAUGUCAGCUGAAGAACUUUUAAGGUUAGAUGAGGUUAGAAAAUCGCUGAAAUUGACGCGACGCCGAAAAGACAAAGAAAAACUCCCAUCAGGAAUCACCGCAGAUUACACAGAAAACUUUUUAGCAAACUUAGUUAAUUACCCCCUUAACCAACCUCAAUCAAACUACUUUUAUACCCAAUCAGACAGUUCAGAGACCAGUUUAACAUCAUUAAACCACCCAAAAAUCGGCCCUCCAGUUCCACCAAAACCCCCAAAACGCGGAAUAUUAAAAACCUCAAAAUUAACCUCCCUCCAAAUCGAAAAUGGGGGCCCAAUAACCACGAUCGGAGGCGAUUUAAUCCAAAACACCAUACAAAACGAGAUGAUUUUCACCCAAAAUCAAAACGGAGACACAAAAAUCGUCACAAAUAACCUUUUAGUGAUCACUUCGCCAUCUCCAAGUGGUGAUUCUUUAACAGAUACGACAAAUUCAUCAUUUGCGACCCCCCCUUUCUCAUUAAGCCCCAUCGGGGAAUCCCAAGGCUUCCACCGGUGGUCGAGAACGAGUAAUUUCGACGAUUUAAACUUACUUUUACCGCCGAUUAUUCCGAUAAAUCUUCCAAAAGCGAGAAUUUUAAAAAUACAACGUCAAAAACCGCCGAGGAAUGAUUUCGGAUUUUCGUUGCGAAGAACGAUGAUUUUGGAACGAGGUCAUUCGGGGGGAUUUUCGAUGAAAGCGGUGGUUUUCGCGGAACCCGGGGCUAUGGUACAGCAUAACAACGAAACGGGAUUACUUCCGGGUGAUAAAUUGUUAGAGGUUAAUGGGAUUAAAGUUGGGGAAAGAAGUAGAGAGGAAAUAAUCGAUUUAAUUAAAGCGUCCGGGGAUGCGGUCGUUUUAAAAGUACAACCGGUGGCGGAAUUGAGCGAAUUAACGAAACGAUCCGGGUUAGACGGGCAAGAAAUUAUGUUGGACGAUUCGAAUAUUAAAACGGGGACUUUGAAGCGAUCCGGAAGUCGGCGAUAUCAAAAUGAAUCGAGGGCUAAGACUGACGAAGAAAUAUCAACAGAAAAAGAAUUUUUAGAUACAAACAAAAUAUGGUUAAUGCACCGUUUAGGAUUUGCGUUGGCAAAAAAAAUUUCGGAAUCCGAUCAUGGAAAAAUCAAGAUCCAACUUGAACAAACCGGAGAAAUUUUGCACGUAGACGAGGAUGAUGUCGAAAAAGCAAAUCCGAAUCAUUUCGAUAAAAUCGAAGAUGUCACUAAUUUACGAUACUUAAACGAAUCUAGUAUAUUACACACUCUACGCCAACGUUAUGGUUCGAGUCUAAUACAUACAUACGCCGGAAAUAAUAACCUUUUAGUAAUAAAUCCAAUGACUCCCUUAGCGAUUUAUUCCGAAAAAAUCGUUGCGCUAUUUAAAGGAUGUAAAUCGGAAGAUAUGCCACCGCAUAUUUAUUCAAUGGCACAAUCUUCUUAUCAAAACAUGUUACAAUCAAGAAAAGAUCAAAGUUUGGUGUUUUUGGGCCGAUCGGGAAGCGGAAAAACCACAAAUUUUCGACACUCCCUACAAUAUUUAUUAACAGCGGCGGGAGUUUUAAACAAAACCUUAACGGUAGAAAAGUUAUCGGCGAUUUUCACCAUUUUAGAAAGCUUCGGAAAUUGUAAAACGAUAAUGAACUCAAACGCAACCAGAUUCACCCAAAUCUUUAGUUUAGAUUUCGAUCAAAGCGGAGUAAUCGCCUCGGCGAGCAUCCAAACGUUGAUGCUCGAAAAAAGUCGAGUCACAAAAAAAUUAGAGGGAGAAUCAUCAUUUCACAUCAUCCAAAGAUUAAUUUACGGCGUCGACGGAAACUUACGAAAAGAAUUAUUUUUAGAAAAUUUAACAUUUUUAACCGAAACCAAUUCAUUUUUUAAUUUCCAUCAUAAACACGAGGAUAAGCAACGGUAUCAAACGGAAUUUCAAAAAUUGUUGAACUCAUUUCAAAUUUUGGGAAUCACCGAAAACGAACAAAAAGCAAUUUUUGGAGUAAUCGCUUCUAUUUAUCAUUUAGGAGCGGCGGGAGCUACAAAAAUCGGAAAUCGAUAUCAAUUUUCUAAUCCACAGGCGGCCCAAAAAGCUGCGAUUUUACUCGGAACGAGCGUUGAGGAAUUAUCAAGGCAUAUUUUUGGGUUAUCUUCGGGGUUGGCGACUCCGAAUGGACCAAGACAACCUUUUAGAACUCCUUCUCCUACAGAUAAAGGAUUAGAACGGGAUGUUACUGGAUUAGAAGCUUUAGAAGGGAUUAUAAUUGGGUUUUAUGGCGAAGUUUUUAAUGCGGUUUCUUCGUUAAUUAAUAGGUCAAUUUCGGCUUCAACACACACAGUUUCCUCAAUUUUAUUAAUCGACGCCCCAGGAUUUCAAAAUCCAGCCACGUGCGGUCGCCAAACUGGGGCUAACUUCGAAGAUCUCUGUCAUAAUUACCUCCAAGAACGCCUUCAAUUAUUAUUCCACCAUACCAACCUCGUAGCUCCAAAAGAUCGUUAUUUACAAGAAAACGUCGAUGUUGAAACGCACGAUGACCAAGAAAACUGCAUUAACCCAACCCCCUUAGUCAAUUUAUUAGAUAAAACCGGCCAAAAUUCUUCCGUUUUGAGAACGUCCCAAAACGACUUAAACGAAGCUGAUCGAAGAGGUUUAAUUUGGUUAUUAGAUGAAGAAGCGAUUUAUCCCGGAUCGACGGAUGAAUCGUUUUUAGAAAGAUUAUUUACUCAUUACAACGAAAGAGAUCACCAAUUACUAUUAAGAAAAGCGGGAAAUCACCAAUUCAUUCUCCAACACCUUCAAGGAACCAAUCCGGUACUUUACAACUCAAUGGGGUGGUUAAAAAGCAGUCGAGAAAAUCACAUUUUAAAAUCAUCAAUAACAAUAUUACAAGAAAGCCAAAAAGACAACGUCACCAAGCUAUUCGUAUCCUCGAGGGGUUUGGGGGGAACGAAUUUCGGGGGCUCUUUGGUCGGGAUUGAAAGUUCACAAUCGUUGAGGAGGGCUUCGAGCAUCCGAAGAACGUUUACCGCGGGAACCGCGGCGAUUAAACGAAAAUCGAUUUGUUUGCAGACGAAAUUUACGAUAGACGGGGUUGUUGAAACGUUGAGAAGGACGAAAUUGAGGUUCGUGCAUUGUUUAUUACCGCAACAUGGAGCUGGAAAUUGUGAGAUUAAUGGUGGAGGGUUUUUGCAAAGACCAUCGUCUUCUUCUUCGCUGGGAGUUAAUGAUGAAGGGAUUGUUAAUGUGCCAUUAUUAAGGUCGCAAAUUCGUGGGGCUCAAAUUUUGGAUUCAUCACGCCUUCACAAACAAGGAUUUCCUCAUUUUAUGCCUUUGGGGGAGUUUCGACGUCGCUUCAAGCUCCUCGCGCCCAAUUUCAAGCCGACAAGUCCCGUUUUAGACGAACGCAAAGCCGUCGAAGAUAUGUUAAUGUCCAUUGAUAUGGAAUUGACGAGUUACAGGGUCGGAUUAAGCCAGAUUUUCUUUCGAACCGGAAUAUUAACCCAAUUAGAAUCGCAACGGGAUGAAAAACUCGCGGGAAUGGUGAUUAAUCUUCAAGCGAAUUGUCGGGGAUUUUUGGCAAGGAAAAAAUUAUCUCAAAGGAAGCUCCAAGAUCUCGCCGUACGUUGCAUACAGAGGAACGUUAGGAAGUUUAUGUUGGUGAGGGAUUGGGCGUGGUGGAGGCUUUUGGUGCGGGUAACCCCGUUAUUAAAUGUACAUCGAACUGAGGAGGAAUUAAAAUUGAAGACGGAGGAGUUGGAGUUGUUAAAGAUGAAGUUGGAGAAGAUUGAGGCUGAUAGGAAUAAUUUAAAGAAUCAUAAUGAUAAAUUAGAGGCAAAGUUAAGUGAAAUGACCGUUGAUUUGGCCGAAGAACACUCAACAUCAACUUUAGCAGCGGAACGUUUGGAUGUAGAAACCGCUGAAAGAAUCCGAUUAGAGCGUGAAUUAACCGAUGUGCAACAAAAAAAUAAAAACCUCCAAAGCGCUUCUGAAAAAUUAGAGAUGGAACUUUUAUACGCACGAUCCGAUUUGAAUCACCACCAACAAACGAGCGACGAUGACGAAGAAGACGGCGAAAACGAACCUGUUUAUAAGCAACGUUACGAAAGGGUGGUGAGGGAGUUGGAAUUUACGAAAAGGCGAUUACGGCAACAACACGAGGAUGAUUUGGAACAAUUGGUUGGAUUAAAAAAGCAGUUAGAGAAGAAAUUAACUGAUGCUUAUGAGGAAGUUGAGGAACAACGGCAAGUUGUUGGUCAAUGGAAACGAAAGGUACAAAAAUUAACCUCGGAAAUGGGUGACAUCAAACUCCUCUUAGAAGAGCAAAUAUCCCGAAACAACAUCCUCGAAAAGAAACAACGAAAAUUCGACUCAGAAAUCCAAAACGUUCAGGAAGAACUUAAAAAAGAGAGGCAAUCCAAAGACCGAUUAUCGCGAGAAAAAGAAAUAUUAACAGCCGAAAAGUUCGGCAUGGAAGGAACCGUCGGAGACUUACGAAUGGAAUUAGACAUGAAAGAGGAGAAAUUGCACGCGUUACAAAAAGAAUUGGACGAAUUAACGUUCGGCGGUAAAACGGAGGAGGAAGUCGCGAUUUUAAGGAAGCAAAAAAUCGAUUGCGAGAGGCGAUUACACGACCAAGAGGAAGAAUUGGACGAAUUAGCGGGGCAGGUGCAAUUAUUGGAACAGGCCAAAUUAAAGUUAGAGAUGAGUUUGGAACAACAAAGAAAAGCGGCUAAAAAGGAAGCGCAACAACACGAGGAGGAGUUGGAGGAAGUUCGAUGUAAUGCACAAAAAAAAGUUAAAGCGUUGGAGGCUCAAUUAGAAAAUGAGCACGAAGAAAGAACUGUUUUAUUACGAGAAAAGCACGAAUUAGAAAGGCGAUUAGCAAGCGCAUUGGAAAAUGAUCGUAAUGAUAAAGCGGUGGAUGAAGCGGUGGUCCAAAGAUUAAAAAGGGAUUUAAAGAGAACGAAAGCUUUAUUAAGAGACACCCAAAUGCAAUUGGACAGACAAAGAGCGGAAAAUCCAAGUAAAACAUUAAUUCGUCAACUUCGCAACCAAAUCGAAGACUUAGAAUGCGCUCGUACCACCGCGCUAAAAACGAAACAAACUCUCGAAACCGAUUUAUCCGAAAUUCAAUCUCAACUUGAAGAAACAACUCGCAUUAAAUGCGACCUCGAAGAAAAAUACAACUCGAAUUUGCGCGAAAAAUCCGACCUUCAAAACCAAGUGGAAGAGAACGAAGAGGAAUUAGCGGAGGUUUUAAAAAAAUACAAAACGACCGUACAACAAAUGUCGCUCGAUCAAAUCGCCCUCCAAGAACAAGUCGCCCUCGUCGCCGAAUUAGAAACGGAAAAAGCCGCGUUAAAGGAGCAAUUAGCUGAGAUGUCGAGUCGAUUAGAAACCGUUGAGAAUAUGGGCGAUGCAUCCUCGAACGUUUUGGUGCGAAAAAAUGAGAUGAAAGUCAAAGAAUUAGAACAUAAAUUGGAUUUGGAGCAAACGACGCGGCAAAGAUUGGAAGUGCAAAUUUCGCGGUUAAAAGAGGCGGUGGAAAAGUUGCAAAAUGAAAUUGGAGUGAUGAGAAAUAAAGAGCAAACCGGGCAGGAGUUAAUUAGAAAGUUGCAGAGACAAAUUAGGGAGUUACGAGAUGAACAUAAUACCGCUUUAACGAAAGAGGGGGAGUCGAUUUUGAAGCGGAAAGAAAUUGAGAAAAGAUAUGAAGCUUUAGAGGCGGAAACCACAACAGUGAGGGGAGAUUUAAGAUUGGCUUUGAAGAGGAUCGAGGAUUUACAAGCGGUGAUACAAAAUGAUUUAGAAGAUAGUAGUGAGCAAUCUGAUAGCGAAAUAGAUAGUUUAAGCUCUGAAGAUUCGGUAAAUUCGUUUUUGAAACACCACAAAUUGAGCGUGAAACCGAGUAAUAUGCAAAUUGAAUCGACUAAACCUCGUUCAACGAGUGUAAAUAGUAUAAAAGACACAUCAUACGCAUGAGUAGCGCUGAAUUUCUGCAGAAGCAUCUCUGUGACCUUUUGCAGAAAUUCCAAUGAAGAAAUCGAACAGUACGUUUGAACAAACAAGACAACAAUCAUUUAAUAUUAAAGAAUGAUUUGUAUUUUUAUUUUAUUAAUUUUUUCAAACAAUUUUUACCGUUCAUUUCCUUCAUUUCCUUCCACCAUUUUUUCUUUUUAGUAAACAAAUUCUAUGCAAUAACGAAUUAAUUAUUACCAUCGUCGCUUUUAGGUAAAAACGAAUUGCAUAUUGCUAUUAUUACCAAUAUUAUAAAGAAAAAAUGUAACAAAAUAUCAAAUCAUACCUACCUACACCUUGUAUCAUAUUGUAUGUAUUUAAAUAUAGUUUAUUAUUAUUAUUGCAUUAUAUAAAUAUAUAAAUGGUGUAUAUCUGAUAAAAUAUUUAAAAAAUUAAAAGAUAUAUUGAUGUAUUUAAAUAGUUUUUGCGUUGUAAACACUUGUAGUUAUAUUAUACAUAGUUCUAUUACAAAAAUAAUGUCGUAGACCGUUUAUUACCACAACAUGUUAGUUGAUGUAAAAAUAAAUACAAAGCAAAAACCAACCGAACAUAAAAGAAACGAUCAAAUAAAGAUCUUUUUGUUAAAAAA